AUGGCUAUCUCCAAAAAUUUACCAUUAUUGAAGAACCACUUCAGAAAGAACUGGCAAGAACGUGUCAGAGUUCACUUUGACCAAGCUGGUAAGAAGGCCUCUAGACGUGAUGCCAGAACUGCUAAAGCUGCUAAGAUUGCUCCAAGACCAUUAGACUUACUAAGACCAGUCGUUAGAGCCCCAACUGUUAAAUACAACAGAAAGGUUAGAGCUGGUAGAGGUUUCUCUUUAGCCGAAAUCAAGGCUGCUGGUUUAACUGCUGCUUACGCCAGAACCAUUGGUAUCGCUGUCGACCACAGAAGACAAAACAGAAACCAAGAAAUCUUUGACAUCAACGUUCAAAGAUUAAAGGAAUACCAAUCUAAGAUUAUUGUUUUCCCAAGAAAGGGUAAGGCCCCAGAAACUGAACAAGUCUUAUCUGCUGCCGCUUCUUUCCCAAUUGCUCAACCAGUCACUGAUGUUGAAACCAGAGCUGUUGAAGACAACGGUGUCUCUGCUUACACUACUUUGAGAUUAGCCAGAUCCGAAAAGAGAUACAGGGGUAUCAGAGAAAAGAGAGCCAGAGAAAAGGCUGAAGCUGAAGCUGAAAAGAAGAAAUAA